AUGCGCUCGAGUUCGUUACCAGAUUUACCAAAUUGCAUCGUUCGUAUCCGGUGUUUAAUUUUACCAACUUCAUCUCCAUCAUCUUUAUUAUUAUUAAAAACUUCACACAGCAGAUCAAUAAUGACAACAUCAUCAAAAGUUCUUUCAACAAAUUUAUCGGAUAUUUCAUCAAUAAAACCAUCUACACCACAAACAACAUGUAAUAUAUGCAAACGUCUUCUAUAUUCAUUUGAAGAAAUUCUUAUUUGUCGUAUAUGUGAUGGUUCAUAUCAUUGGCGUUGUGUAAAACCUGAUAUGAUUUCACACUAUGGUGAAAAUACACAUUUUGUUUGUGACAAAUGUAAUGAUAAUAUCACGGGUACAACAUCGAAUUCAAGUCAACGACAAAUCAAUGGUGGUAUUAAAGUCAAAUCACAUAAUACAUCGGAAGCAGAUUAUCGAGAUUUUGCAAAUUUACCAUCGAAAUUAAGUACAACAUCAGCAAAAGAUACAAGUGUUGUUAGUGCUAUUCGAUAUUUUGAAGAAAAACAACAACAACAAAUACCAAAUAAAACAUCUAAAUUAAAUGAAACUGAUGAUCAUCUUCUAUUACAAACGAAUGGUCAAUUUACUGAUGAUGGUAAGACAAUUCGUCGAAUUCAACAACAACAACAAAAUUUACAUAAUGACGACGAAAAUACAUCCAUAGGAAUGAUUCAAGCUAAUUAUCAGUAUACACCACUUAAAGAAUAUGCAGCUAUGAGAAAUGGAGGUCGUACAACAAACGACAUCAAUACUACUAGUUAUCAAAAUGCUUCAUCUACUAAUUCCGAUCGACAAUUCUCAUCUCAAUACAAUAGUUCGACACGUUAUACAAAUCAUGGUUUUGAAACACCACCUUCAACACAUUUUACAAGUCCAACUAUUGAUAAUAUAUCAAUUCAUAAUCGUCAACAACAACAUUUUAUAACUACAACUAAUUUAAAUGUCAAUGAUAAAACACCUCAUCAUCAACAAAAUGAAUAUAAAACUUCAUCAACGUAUGUAUCACCAAUUCAUGGCAAUGAAUCAAUAACAUUUAAACCAACAUAUCAACAAACUGAUCGUUAUUCAACUGUUGGUAGUGAUUCAGGAAUUGUUAUGAUUAAUCCUAAUCCUCAACAACAGCAAGCAGCAGAUGAUAAUCAAAUAAUCGAAAAAAAAUUAACAAAUUUAGUUCAAAAAAUAGGACGACAAUUAGAAACGGAUGCACAAAAAUUAAGUGAUAAAUUAGAAUUAAAAUUAAAGAAUUUAGAAAAUAUGAUUCAUCAACAAACAUAUAUUAUUCGACAACAAGAUGAAGUUAUUGAACGUCUGAAAAGUAAAAUACUUAAAAUUGAAACUGAACGUGAUCAUUUUCGUGAACGUUUAUCUAUACAUGAACAACGUGAACAAGAUGAUAAGAAAUAUUUAACAGAAGAACCAAAUGAUCAUAAAGCACUUGAACAAGAUGAUCAACAACAAACAUCGUAUGAUGUAUCGGGAGAGAGAAAAUAUUCAAAUUCUUCAUCAGUUAUUACAGAUAACAGCAGACGAUCUAGUAAAAAGACACCUGCUCCACGAGUUGAUCAACAAGCACCCAUCAUUAAUAAUGAACCUAAUUCAACUUUAGGAAAACUUAUUAAAAGUAUUCCAUGCAAUAGUCAAGAACGUCCUGUAUCUGGUAAUUCAUCUCCAUCAAUAGCUGCUAAAUUAGCUGCAGCUGUACCUUUAACAGAAAAACCAGCUGCAGCAAGUCGUCUUGAUAAUAUAAUUCAUCAAAAUAAUUCAUCAGGAACAUAUUAUAAUGUAGGUGAAACUCAUGAAACUGAUCCAAAACCAAAUUCAAUAGAACACAUUGUGACAAAUGUUCAUCGUAAUGAUGAAUAUUCAAAAUCAUAUCAAAUAUCUGAACCUAAAUUACAACGAUCAGCAUCGCUAUCAUCCUCGUCAUCAUCAACUGUGUCAAUGCCAAAUCACACUGAAAUUCAGUAUGGUUUACCAACAACAAAUCAUGUUGCAUUAACGAAUAGAAAUUCUAGUUUACAUCGAAGUUUAGAAGUUAUACCACGUAAAACAUCACAAAAUGAACAAGUAUUAAAACCAGCAAAUAAAACAGCAUCACUUGAAUUCGGUGCAAGACCGGUGCGAUAUGAUGAGUCAACAUCAAUCUAUGUUACACCACAAGAAGCAACUCAUCCAGCUUCGGAAUAUGAAAAUGUUGUUAAAGGUUGGCUUCGAAAACAAAAUCGAGAUUCAUUUUUCAAACGAAUUGAACGUUAUUAUUGUGUUUUAUCAAAGAAUACACUUUUAUUACAUAAACAUGAUCUUGAUAGAACACCACAUAAGGCAAUUAAUCUUAAAGGUGCAAAAAUCCUUUAUUAUGAAGAUCCAAAAUAUGGACCAUCUCUUGAAUUAACUUGGUCAAAUCGACAAAAUAGUGCUAAACAUUAUCACUUAUAUGCACGUGAUGCACAAGAAGCUCAACAAUGGGUAACUGGUAUUCAAACUGCUAUAAACAAUUCAGAUGAAAAAAAUAAAUGGCAACGAUACCAUCUAAUUACAUAA